AUGUUUACUGACUACUUUCUAGAUAACAAAACCAAAGCGGUUGCUGAUUCUUCUCGAGCCUCAUCCCCUGGGCUCUGGCUUGCCUUCCACGAUCCUGUCCUGGAUAUUCGUCAAGCUCUUGAGAGUGGUAAUACGCAAAUGCAUCUCAUCGCUGCCAAUGGUGAGGUUGCGAUUAAUCUUGGUAUAACAAGGAGCCAAAAGGAAGGUCAGAGUCUAUUUUAUGAUUAUGAGCUUGCUAUCUCAUCUGUACAGGCAUCAGACUUGGUCUGUGAUAUUGGCACCGAAGGCUACUACGCUUGUUAUGUCUCGCUUUUGAUCCAAUUUCCCACUUUUGCAAGGCAAACAUUUAGGACCGAGCCCGUCCUAGAUUGGAAAGAUGUUGUGGCUGCAGCAGGCGCGUGGUUCUCUUUCUUCCAGAUUAUUGGCUGGGUUUUCUCGGGUGCGUCUAUAAAAGAGUAG